GGUCCACAUGUAAACGCUACAGCGUGAUUUAAACCUAAUUUACAGACUAGCGAGCUGUCUGCGUGCAUUUACCAGAGAACUAUCGUCGAAACAGUGACAGUUGUUUGUAGAAAAUGAAGCUGCUCACGCACAACAUGUUGACGUCUCACGUGAAGGGAGUCACUAAAGGAUACCCGCUGCUCAUCAAGGCCACCGAGGUGAAGGUGACUGAGGUGGACUUCAACCCUCAGUUUGUCAGCCGGAUGAUCCCCAAGCUGGAGUGGAGCGCUCUGGUCCAGGCUGCAGAGGAGUUGGGUCAACGGCAAGACCUGCCGGAUGAGCUGUUGCCAGAAUACGAAAACAACGAAGAAUUCCUGAAGAAAGUGCACCGAGUGCUCUUAGAGGUGGAGGUGAUCGAGGGCUUUCUGCAGUGCCCUGAAUCCGGACGAGAGUUCCCCAUCUCCAGAGGAAUCCCCAACAUGCUGCUGAGCGAGGACGAGGGGUAGACGGAGCUUCACAAAGUCCACGGUUCUCACACGCAACCUCACCCCAAGCUGCCACUCAGAUGGGAUUGUGGGUAUUCCGAGAGAGGAGGGAGGUUGGACUAGAGCUGGUGCCAUGAGAACCACACUGUUUGGGUGAUUGUUGUUAUGACAUUUAAGUGGCUGAUUCUACCAAUAGAGGAAAAUCUUUGGAGAAAUUACCGAUGGAAAUGUUCCCAGUGGUUUUAUCUGUAUUUAUUUUUGUUACCGUUUGGGAUCUUUUUCUUUUUCAAUAAAAGUGUCCUGAAUUUCCACGACA